AGACAGCAGACGAGAGUGGACUAGCGUCAGAUUUUCAGUCAGCAAUAUGUGGAAACUGCUGGUCAUCGCUGUUGUUUGUGUGCAGCUGUGCUGUGCACAGUACCCGAGGUACCUUCGUUUCCCGGUUGGCAGAGAUGACGACACCAAAUGUCAUGACAGCAACAUUGACAAGGAGUUCAACAUAGGGGACGUAUGGAGCUCCCCCUUCUCUGGCUGUAAACAGAGUCACUGCGUCAAGGAGGAGGGCGUUCUCUACAUUGACAGAUUCCAGUGUCCGCAGGUUAAAAAGCAGGUGGACUUUAAGAAGCUGCAGGCCGACAACCUGUUCUGCCGCGAGGCUCGGGGAGACAGGAGGAAGGAGUUCCCCGAAUGCUGUGCCCGCCUUGUCUGUAAACACUACGUGGACGGCAAGCUUGUGCCUCUGCCGGCGCACAAAUAUCCUCUGCUCUAAUGAGUGCUCAGAUGAGACUAGGAUUGCAGUUGUGGUUGCCAAAGAAGCUGUAAAGAAGCAAAGAAGCUUCAGUUGUAUGCUUUAUUAAAACGUGAUAUCAAGUAUUAAUUUAGCAAAAAGAUGUACGGUUGCGCGUAUUAAUAGCGCUGCAUCUAGCGACGGAGUUGCCCAACGCUUUAAACACCCUGAUCUCGUGUCUAAACAAAUUAUUGAUUUUCACCUUUUAUUUGGCGGUGAUGUGGUGUCAGCAAGUUACAAUCGAUGUAUAAUAAUUGUUUAUGUAAGUUGGCAAUGCACGCUAUUGGCUCAUAUAAUCGCGCAUCAUGAAAAAUACAUAUAGAUUUGGUUCCAUUUCGUGGGGAGUGUUACGUGUCCGAGAGGCGAGCAUCAUCUUAAAGGACUUUUCUUUUCGAAUUCAGUCAAGCUUCAGAGAAUUCAGAAGUAUGGUCUUACACCCUUUAGAAUUUGUAUGACCAUCAAUUUUUAACUGGCCACUUAGCCUCAGCGGUCGAAUAGUGACAUGCCUGCGGCAGGUUUUUCUGAAAACGGCGUGUUUGUGUAUGGU